AUUGUGAAGGAGAGGGUUGAAAUCCCGUUUGAUUCAGUUGCUGCAAAGCCAGAUAUAAACUAUGGGAGUGGUUAAAUCGUUGUUCAUUCUUCAACAUGUUUAUAUCUCAAUUCUGAAUUGGAGAACGAAGGUCUUCCUCAAGUAUCUGCUAUGAAUCUCAUGAACAUUAACACUGUUGCUUCAAAAAAUACCACCAUGAUCCUCUCAAAUGUUUGUGGCAUCGAUGCAUGCAAUUCAAGGGAUCCUAUCAAGAUUUGUGCAACUCCAAAUUCGUCAAGACUAACGCAUAAGCACUAUAUGGAACUAUCGUGGAUCAGGACAGAUGGAUCACUAAAGGGGCUAGUUUGCAGAACUCCAAAUUUGAUCGGAUGUAUGGAGAAGAGUAAAAGAUUCAAAGUGAGCGCUUUCACAGAAGAACAAGAGGCUUUGGUGGUCAAAUCUUGGAAAUCUAUGAAGAAAGAUGCCGGAGAACUGGGUGUCAAGUUUUUUUUGAGGACUUUUGAGAUUGCACCAUCAUCAAAGAAGCUGUUCUCCUUUCUGAGAGAUUCAGAUGUUCCUGUGGAGAAAAAUCCAAAGCUAAAACCCCAUGCCAUGACCGUCUUUGUUAUGACUUGUGAAUCAGCUGUGCAACUUAGAAAGGCCGGCAAAGUCACUGUCAAAGAGUCCACUCUAAGAGAUUUAGGUGCCACUCAUUUAAAAUAUGGUGUUGUCGAUGAACAUUUCGAGGUAACAAAAUUUGCCUUGUUGGAGACCAUUAAGGAGGCAGUACCAGAUAUGUGGUCACCAGAGAUGAAGAAUGCAUGGGGAGAAGCCUAUGAUCAAUUGGUGUCUGCCAUAAAAAAUGAAAUGAAACCCUCUGCAUAAUUUUUAUAUCUCUGGGUUUUCUACCAUUCAUAGCCUAUUUUCUUCUCCAGUUGCUGUGCUGUUUGGAUUUGCCACAUUCUGUGUGUGUGUAAUAAAGAACACUAAAUAAAAAUUUUGUUGAUGAUCAAA